CGUGAUUGUAUAAUCAUUAAUAAUAAAUAAUCAGAUUAUUGCUUAAUUAAUUGGUUACUUUUAAGAUGCUAGAAGUGAGUGGAUAGACCCUUCUGACCUUCCAUUCAUUGCAUCUAUAUCGUUGAAUGAGAAGCCCCACUGCAGUGGCCUUAUCUACGAUUCAAUUCAUGUUAUCACAACUACUACCUGUGUGCAGGGAAUUUCACCUGAUUUGCUACGUAUACGUGCCGUGGGCUUGAUGUCUCCAUUUUUUCAAAUGCAUUACUCUGUUAAAUCUUAUGUCACUCAUCCAUCAUACAGCCAAAUCGGAAUGCAGGGCAAAAGUGGUUCAUACACCAGACAUGAUAUUGCUGUCAUAACGGUGGAUCCGCCUUUCGUCUUCACUCAUCGUUCUGAUCCAGCUUCGUUCAAGCAAAGUAGAGAAGUUAUCUCUCUAUUUCAUCGUCGUUAUUAUAAAUAUGUCGGAUGGAUUCAACCUGCCUACAUUUCCCAGCAACCACUCAAGCACGCUUUACAUGAGUCAGAUGUCACCCUUGAUCGGCAUGGUCAACAGGAGGAUACCUACUACACAGCAGUUUUGCCAGAUAUUUAUUCACGUGGGCGGGACAGGUUGAUGCAAUGUCAGAGAAAUAGAGGUACACCGAUUUUUGCCCAGGACGAUUCAAAAGUCGUCGCUAUUCUAACAGAUGUAAGUUUAAUAUCGAAUGAUACGAUAUUGGGGACAUUUCUUAAGGUGAGGAAGUACAUGACUUGGAUUCAGCAGACUAUCGAAAGAAAUCCUUCUUCUUCAUCCUUCGAAUCAAUUGAGCUGGAGUAAAUUGAUUAUUCUUCUUCAUUGAUCAUGCCAGUGAAGUGCGUUAACAUUUUUAAUGUCACGUUAUGUUUUGCUAAUGAGUUAUCUUCCUCAUUUCAAGAAAAAUAAAUAAAAUUUGUCUUUCGCACGAGCUGUUGUGAAAAUUAUUCUGUUCUUUCCCUUUCUCUUUCGAAUGCAAUUUGACCGAUUUUUUGAUUUUCUAAUUUCAAUAGCAAGUUGUCGAGAAUUUUAUGAACGCACAUGAAGCACCCAAUGGAUUGCCAUUUGUUUUUUCUCAAAAUAUUCAUCUUAAUGGGCUUGUUCGUCAUAUCUUAUUCGUCAUAUCGUCUUAUUCGUUAUAUCGAGCAUUAAAAAUAUGUAUAUGAUAUUGCCUUUUUUCGUUUCUUAAGAAUAUUGUCGGUGUCCUAUACUGAAUAGUUUGAUGCAAAAUUUUGAUACCGUGAAAUGAAAAAAUGAGUUGAAAUUUGGUAUGAUCGUAGCUUUUAUUCGUUCUACGCUGCUUGUUCCUUUUCGGAAAGUUCCACUUUCUGAGUGAAUACGAAUAAAGAAUUCGACUGGAUAAAAGUGGGAUUUUCUUUUAGAAUCUGUAUAUUGUGCACAACGCCCAUGGGAUUGAGACAUUUUUUAAUGAGCAAAUCAACUCACAUAAUCCAUUUGCUCCUAACCAACUUGCCUUCAAAGAAACUCUGAAAAUGGGUGAUUUUUUAUGAAAAUAGAGGCUUUUGACUGCCGACGACAUAAUUAUUUCAUUUUUGACGGCUAUUAUUAUUGUAUAUUAUUGUUUGAUGUGCUCCAGAUUGGAAUUAAUCGCGUACAUUUUGAACACUCAUUUUGCGAAGUGUGCAGAGACAGCAGGUUAGGAAAUCAAGAACAUUCCCCUCGAAAUGCAGCAAUUUCCGUCGUGAGCUGCACAUUAUUCGCCCAGAAAAAUGAUAUCCUCACUGCUAUGAUUUUUUUUACAAUCGGGAAAGAAUGCAGGAUGAAGAUGACUGCGCGGAUGUAUUAAUGUAAGUAUUAUACUCCCAUUUUCUCGAAACAAUUCUCUCGCGUUCUUCAUUUUUUGCUUGAGACCAAAAGCUUUGUAAGUUUUCGAAUAUUCUGCGGAAUCCACUAAUAGAAUUGGUAGAUUCUUGAGGAGAAAAAAAUACAUGUUGAGGGGUCGCCACAUGAAAGCGGCAUAAAGCUUCUGUCGCUAAGUUUGUUGAUCAUUUUUUUGUCUUCUUUUGAGGCAUAUCAUACCCUCAUCCUCUGAUAUCGAACGCGCGGAAUGGACGGGAUGCUGCGGACGACCGUAUAGGAACAGGGCUGGUGGCACGCGUUUUCUUGGUCACAUAUUUUUCAAACACACUCUUGUCUGCCUUGAUGAAUACAUUGAAGCCUGAUGCCACUGGCUCAUCUGCACUAUGACUAACUGGGACAGACGUAUCCUUUGUGGAGUUCGAAGAGAAGACGAUUAAGUUACUUAGAUGUUUUGAGGCGAAAAUUCCAAGAUCCCAUUUGCAGCAAUAUUCUCAAUUGUGUCACUAUACUCAUCGUCACAUUCGGAAUGCCCCGAUCUCCGGUAAUCUUUAUGAUUUUUCGGAAAUUGUGAGAACAAGUAUAGUAGUAAAAAAUGAUAAGGUAAAAUAUUCUUUACAACCAUUUCCGUAUUGCUGUGGACUUUUCGUAUAGAAGAGCUUUAGCUUUUGUACAUUGCAUUGUACAACGAAGAUAUUUUAGACCAUAAAGCGUGAAUACACCAAAGUGAUUUGCAUCUGUUUUUCUUCUCAACUACAUCUUGAGUUUCGUAAUGAAGACCAAUUCAUUGUGCUUCAUGAUAUUGCUGCUUCUUCGUAUUUCUCACCAUGCUAGAAGUGAGCCGAUAGACUCCUCUAACCUUCCAUUCCUUGUAUCCAUAUGGUUUAACGAGAAGCUCCAUUGCGGUGGCAUUAUCUACGAUUCAAAGCAUGUUAUCACAACUACUGGUUGUGUGCAGGGAAUUCCACCUGAUUUGCUAAUUGUACUUGUCAAAGACAUGAUGUUUCCAUAUUUUAAUGAAAUGCAAUACUCUGUUAAAUCAUAUGUCACUCAUCCAUCAUACCGCCAAAUUGGAAUGCAAGGCAGAAGUGGUUCAUACACCAUAGAUGAUAUUGCUGUCAUAACGCUGGUCAAUCCUUUCCUCUUGAGACAUCGUCUUCGUCCAGCUUCGUUCAAGCAAAGUGGAGAAGGGCUCACCUCUCUACUUAAUCGUCGUCCUUAUAAAUAUGUCGGAUGGACUCGACCUACUUACCUUACCCCGCAACCACUCGUUUUACAUGUGUCAAAUGUCACCCUUGAUCGGCAUGGUAAAAAGGAGGAUACCCACUACACAGCAGUUUUGCCAGAUAUUUAUUCAUGUGGGCGGCUGAGGUUGACGCGAUGUCUGGAAAAUAGAGGUACACCGAUUCUUGCCCAGACAGAUUCAUCAAAUUCAGAAGUCAUUGCUAUUCUAACAGAUUUAAGUUUUAUACCGAGUGAUGCGAUAUUGGGGACAUUUCUUAAGGUGAGAAAGUACAUGACUUGGAUUCAGCAGACUAUCGAAAGAAAUCCUUCUUCUUCAUCCUUCGAAUCAAUUGAGCUGGAGUAAAUUGAUUAUUCUUCUUCAUUGAUCAUGCCAGUGAAGUGAGUUAACAUUUUUAAUGUCACGUUACGUUUUGCUAAUGAGUUAUCUUCCUCAUUUCAAGAAAAAUAAAUAAAAUUUGUCUUUCGCA